CCGGUGUCCGUGGUUACUGCACGGGGUCGCGCUGUGCAGGAGCAGCCUCUUCCACUGUGGGAACACUGCCCCAAACCACUUUCUACGGUCCUUACAGAAGCUGCCUCAUAGAGCCUUUCGAACCGACAGUUCAUAAUAACAUAUCUUUGUACAUCUUCAGGAUAAAUUUGUAGAGGGAGAUUGCUGGGUUCAAAGAUGCCAGAAAAGUCCACACUGCCCCUGCACGAACCUUCUCCCUGCUGCGCCCCCUGCCCAUUCUGUUGGCAACAGGUGGCGGGUACACAGGGUACCGGCAGUAUGAGAAGUACAGAGAGCGGGAGAUGGAGAAGUUGGGAUUGGAGAUCCCACCCAAACUUGCUGGUCACUGGGAGCUCCAAGGUGAGAAGGGGUCUGCAGUCUCACCUGGGGUUCAGACAAUGCUGGGAUCAAUUCCACCCUGACCCUCUAACUGCCCUUUGGGCCACCAAGACUGAACCAGGGUGGGGAAGCGGCAGCACCAGCACCCAACAGCCGGCCUCUGCCUCACAGAGACAGAGCCCCUGGAGCAGUAACAGCGCGGGAGAUCCUCUGGCAGAUUCUCUGGUGCGGGGGAAGGGGAGGAAAGAGGAAAACAAAGGCGAGCCAGCCUGGCUGCCCUCCCUACGCCUGCCCAGGAUGUGUCAGUCAGAGGCACUGCGAGGACCAGAGCUCCGCACAGCAAAAUGGCCCCUUCCUGCCCAGCAGCUGCUCCACCUGAGAGGUAACUCCCUCUCAUCUGCCCAGCAUUCCCAGUCCUCCCAGCUGGUUGGCUGGCAGGAGAAACUGAGAAGUGAGACCACCAGGUUGCAGUUUCCCCAGCUGGCCCUGAGGCGGAGGCUGGGGCAGCUGAGCUGCAUGUCCAGACCUGCCUUGAAACUGCGCUCCUGGCCCUUGACUGUCCUCUACUACCUCCUGCCCUUCGGUGCCCUCAGACCACUCAGCCGGGUGGGAUGGCGGCCCGUGAGCAGGGUGGCCCUGUACAAGUCAGUGCCUACACGUCUACUCUCUCGGGCCUGGGGCCGCCUCAACCAGGUGGAGCUGCCACAUUGGCUGCGUGGGCCCGUCUACAGCCUAUACAUCUGGACCUUUGGGGUGAACAUGAAGGAAGCCGCUGUGGAGGAUCUGCACCACUACCGCAACCUUAGCGAGUUCUUCCGGCGCAAGCUGAAGCCGCAGGCCCGGCCUGUGUGUGGCCUGCACAGCGUGAUCAGCCCAUCAGAUGGGAAGAUCCUCAAUUUUGGGCAGGUGAAGAACUGCGAGGUAGAGCAAGUGAAAGGGGUUACCUACUCCCUGGAGUCGUUCCUGGGCCCACGCACCUACACGGAAGACCUGCCCUUCCCAGCAGCUACCUCAUGUGACUCCUUCAAGAACCAGCUGGUCACUCGGGAAGGGAACGAGCUCUACCACUGUGUCAUCUACUUGGCCCCUGGGGACUACCACUGCUUUCAUUCCCCAACUGACUGGACUGUUUCCCACCGGCGACAUUUCCCAGGCUCCCUGAUGUCGGUGAACCCCGGCAUGGCUCGCUGGAUCAAAGAACUCUUCUGCCACAAUGAGCGAGUAGUCCUGACUGGGGACUGGAAACAUGGCUUCUUCUCACUGACGGCUGUGGGGGCCACCAAUGUGGGCUCCAUUCGCAUCUACUUUGAUCAGGACCUGCACACAAACAGCCCAAGAUACAGCAAGGGCUCCUACAAUGACUUCAGCUUCGUGACACACGCCAACAAGGAGGGCAUCCCCAUGCGGAAGGGCGAGCACCUGGGCGAGUUCAACCUGGGCUCCACCAUUGUGCUCAUCUUCGAGGCCCCCAAAGACUUCAACUUCCAGCUGAAAGCAGGACAGAAAAUCCACUUUGGAGAGGCCCUGGGCUCUCUAUAGAGCCUCUUCCUGCCGGUGGCUGCUGAGGGAUCUUUUUCAGAGAAUGAAGGAAAAUGCCAUGAGGCCAUCCGGAUGAGGGGGGGUCUGACCAUGUAGGAUUGGAAUGACUCUACUCCCACCUGACUCAGGUGCAAACAAGAGGUUCUGUAUCCUCAUGAGGUGCCUGGAGUCCCUGCCGUGCCCUCAACUUGUGCUGUUCCCUCUUCCUACCCUACCUUACAAAGAAAAAAGUACAGGCUGUUUGGAUCUCUUUUUAAUAUGGUAUAAACUGGAGGCUUCUCUCUCCCAGCUGAGCAUGACUUGGUUGUAACUGUUGUAAAAGGGUUAGGUGGUAAAUAGUGUACCUACCUUCUUGCUGCUUCCCCCUUCACCUGGGCCAUUGUCUGUUGGCCUUUUCUGCUUUUGUUGGCCUGCACAGGGUGAAGUGCCUCUUUGGCACAGACUGUGAACACCGCUCCCAGCAGGGCCAUGCAGCUUCCUGGAAACCACUUUCUCUUCCCAAAUUUGCCUCAUUGAAAAAGCACUCUUUCUUUGCACUUGUAGCUGAAUGUAUCACCCUGGACCUUCCAGUGUCUUUUGAAAACAGUGACUAAUGAUGCAGACCUUUGCAGGCCCUGAUGACUGGCCUCUGGAGCUGGCCGAAGUCCUCAUUGUGGCAGAGGCCCAGCUAAAGCCAGGGGAGAGCUCAUGUACCCCCUCCCUGUAUCCAGCCCCAAAUGAAACAUGAGAAAGUUGCUGCUAUUGAUUGAGGGGCUGUGCUGGGGGCAGAGGAGCCUUGGUGUAUGAGGGGUUGGUGCCUAGAAAACCUUUCUGACUUAACAGGUACAGAGGCCUUGGGGAGCCCUGGAGGUUUGGGAUGGGGCCAGAUCUCAUGUUGACUCGGGCCACUGUGGAUUUCUCCUGUAGGAGAAAUCAUAGAACUCUUUCAACUGUAUCAGUAGCACAGUAUUUUUGUAUGAAAAGUGGGAGACUUCUGAACAGUAAUUCAUUUAAUUGCAAAACAUUUUGAAAUAAAAAGCUAAAACCCA